UGCUAUAAAGUUUUGUUAACCCUCCUGUCUCCGUCUGUCAGGGAUGUCGGUGUCGCCAGGCCUGGCCGACCUGUCUCGUCUCUACCAGACGGAGUUCGUUCGAAGCGCCCGGGCGGUCGGCGUCCUCUGGGCCGUCUGCACGCUGUGCUUUGCUAUCAUCCAGGUGGUCAUCCUGAUUCAGCCCUCCUGGAUUGGAACCACAGAAACCAGGAACCACCAGACAGGAGCUCCUCUGCCCAGCGGCACCCUGGGACUGUUUGAGGUUUGCCUGGAGACCGACUGGCCGGUUCCUGACUGUCGCGGAGGUUUGUCCAGCCUGUUUCCGUUGCCGUCCUUCCAGUCGGUGGCCGUGUUGGUGGGAGUGUCUCUGUGGGCGGUGUGGACCAGCGUUCUGUGUCUCUGCCUUUUCAGGUUCUGCAGCGCUGCUACCGUCUACAAGAUCUGUGCCUGGCUUCAGCUGACGGCAGGUUUUUGUCUCGCCUUGGCGUGUCUCCUGUUUCCAGACUCAUGGGAAAGUCCAGAGAUGAAAGCUCUGUGCGGCGACUCGGUGGGCAGCUUCUCUCCAGGUAACUGCUCCGUCCACUGGGCCUACAUCCUGGCCAUGCUGGGAAUUUUGGACUACGCCAUCCUGGCCACGUUGGCCUUCGUUCUGGCCAACAGGCAGGACGCGCUGCUGCCGCCGGAUGCUGCGGACGUGACUGCAGGCCUGCUGAUGUCAGCCUGAGUCUCCAGGUUUCCACACAUCUCUAUGUCCUCCAGACCUUCUUCUGUUUCAUCAUCUCCAUUGGCAGAGGACACCUUCUCCAGAGGCUGGAAUUGUUUUAGUGGAACUCAGCUGUUAGAGUUGCGUGAACCAUGAUGGACGGUUCUCUGUGGCUUCUCCGCUCACACCAAGGUUCUGUGCUGGUGAUAGAAUGCUUUAAGUCCUUUGUGAAGAAAUUAUCAAACGGCUUUUAGAACCUUUCAGAUCCACGGAUAUACCCGAGGAUAAAGGGUCUGUUCAUCAUUGCGGAAAGCUCCUGCAUUUACCUGAACAGGUGUGUCUCAGCUCAACAGAGGAACCCAGUGAAUCAGAAUGACACAGUGAGGAUCAUAGAUGUUUGCUGGUGAAGAUUCUCAGUCAUCCAGGUUAAAAAACUCUGUUUCCAAGUUUGAAGACGUUUCUCUCUUCCAUCCAGGAAGCUUUUUCAAUUCAAAAUGUCAGAAAUAGAGUUGAGUUUGAGGCU